CACAUGUCUGGGGACCGCGGCGUGGCGGCGGCUGUGGCGGUAGCGACGGCAGGCCGUAGGGCGGUCGGAGGGUUUCCGGUUCCGGUGUAACGUUCGGGCUCCGUCUCAGGGGCUGAAGUUUGUGAGGUGCAGUACUGAAUCCCAUUUGAGCUACCCCCUUUUUCCUGAAGAAUGGCACUGUCUAAGAGGGAGCUGGAUGAGCUGAAACCAUGGAUAGAGAAGACAGUGAAGAGGGUGCUGGGCUUCUCAGAGCCCACAGUGGUCACAGCAGCACUGAACUGUGUGGGGAAGGGCAUGGACAAGAAGAAGGCAGCUGACCAUCUGAAACCUUUUCUUGAUGAUUCUACUCUCCGAUUUGUGGACAAACUGUUUGAGGCUGUGGAGGAAGGCCGAAGCUCUAGACAUUCCAAGUCUAGCAGUGAUAGGAGCAGAAAAAGAGAGCUGAAGGAAGUGUUUGGUGAUGACUCUGAGAUCUCCAAGGAAUCAUCAGGAGUAAAGAAGCGACGGAUACCCCGUUUUGAGGAGGUGGAAGAGGAGCCUGAAGUGAUCCCUGGACCUCCCUCAGAAAGUCCUGGUAUGCUAACUAAGCUCCAGAUCAAACAGAUGAUGGAGGCAGCUACACGGCAAAUCGAGGAGAGGAAAAAGCAGCUGAGCUUCAUUAGCCCCCCUACUCCUCAGCCAAAGACUCCUUCUUCCUCCCAACCAGAGCGACUUCCAAUUGGCAACACUAUUCAGCCCUCUCAGGCUGCCACUUUCAUGAAUGAUGCCAUUGAGAAGGCAAGGAAAGCAGCUGAAUUACAAGCCCGCAUCCAAGCCCAGCUGGCACUGAAGCCAGGGCUCAUUGGCAAUGCCAACAUGGUGGGCCUGGCCAAUCUUCAUGCCAUGGGCAUUGCUCCACCGAAGGUGGAGUUAAAAGAUCAAACUAAACCUACACCACUGAUUCUCGAUGAGCAAGGCCGGACUGUAGAUGCAACUGGCAAGGAGAUCGAGCUGACGCACCGCAUGCCUACUCUGAAGGCCAAUAUUCGUGCUGUGAAAAGGGAACAAUUCAAACAACAGCUAAAAGAAAAGCCAUCUGAAGAUAUGGAGUCUAAUACUUUUUUUGACCCCCGAGUCUCAAUUGCCCCUUCCCAGCGCCAGAGACGCACUUUUAAAUUCCAUGACAAGGGCAAAUUUGAGAAGAUUGCCCAGCGGUUACGGACAAAGGCUCAACUGGAGAAGCUGCAGGCAGAGAUCUCACAGGCAGCUCGAAAAACAGGCAUCCAUACUUCAACUAGGCUGGCCCUCAUUGCUCCUAAAAAAGAACUAAAGGAAGGAGAUAUUCCUGAAAUUGAGUGGUGGGACUCUUACAUCAUCCCCAAUGGCUUUGACCUUACAGAGGAAAAUCCCAAGAGAGAAGAUUAUUUUGGAAUCACAAAUCUUGUUGAACAUCCAGCCCAACUCAAUCCUCCAGUUGAUAAUGACACACCAGUUACUCUGGGGGUAUAUCUUACUAAGAAGGAACAGAAGAAACUUCGAAGGCAAACAAGGAGGGAAGCACAGAAGGAACUACAAGAGAAAGUCAGGCUGGGCCUGAUGCCUCCUCCAGAACCCAAAGUGAGAAUUUCAAAUUUGAUGCGAGUAUUAGGAACAGAAGCUGUUCAAGACCCCACGAAGGUAGAAGCCCAUGUCAGAGCUCAGAUGGCAAAAAGACAGAAAGCGCAUGAAGAGGCCAACGCUGCCCGAAAACUUACAGCAGAACAGAGAAAGGUCAAGAAAAUUAAAAAGCUUAAAGAAGACAUUUCACAGGGGGUACACAUAUCUGUAUAUAGAGUUCGAAAUUUGAGCAACCCAGCCAAGAAGUUCAAGAUUGAGGCCAAUGCUGGGCAGCUGUACCUGACAGGGGUGGUGGUACUGCACAAGGAUGUCAACGUGGUAGUAGUGGAAGGGGGCCCCAAGGCCCAGAAGAAAUUUAAGCGUCUCAUGCUGCAUCGGAUAAAGUGGGAUGAGCAGACGGCGAGCACAAAGGGAGAUGAUGAUGAGGAAUCUGAUGAAGAAGCUGUGAAGAAAACCAACAAAUGUGUACUAGUCUGGGAGGGUACAGCCAAAGACCGGAGCUUUGGAGAGAUGAAGUUCAAACAGUGCCCUACAGAGAACAUGGCUCGAGAGCACUUCAAAAAGCAUGGGGCUGAACACUACUGGGACCUUGCACUGAGCGAAUCUGUGUUGGAGUCCACCGACUGAAACUACUGCGAGCCCUUGCCUCUCCCCUCCUGCCUUUGUCUCUUCAGUCCUCUUACUCUACUUCCCAACCCAGUCCUGUUUGUGUGUGUGAUCUCAGAACUGUGCCAAGCUGACAUUGGGUCAAAGGGAAAACACCUUAGUCCCUUCCCCAGUCAGCCUGGUGCUGCCCUUUCUUCCCCUUAUGUGCAUAUGAUUAAAGAGUUAUUUUUAAAGUUGG